AUGCCAAUUGCUCAAUGUUCAAAAAGAGAUAUUAUAGAUACAGAGAGUGCGGCGGUUGGUCAAUCGCAGGGUUAUCAGAAGGCCGCAAGCACUAUUCUAUCGUCGAUAAACCAGAGUGCCGAUCCGUGUGAUAAUUUCUUUGAGUUUGCUUGUGGACGUUGGGUGAGCGAAAAUCAAAUACCAGAGGAUCAGUCCAGUUAUGGUCAUUUCCAUGAAUUGGUAGCAAAGGUUGAGCUCGAAAUGAAAGGUGCGUACAUUUAUAUCGCUCUGAAUUCUUUGAAAAAUAAACAUUUUUUUGAGUGUUUGACUGUUUUACUGUAUGAAUACAGUAUGAAGUAA